GUCACAAGGAACCAUCAACAGUCGGUCCAAACAUCUGCAUUUUCCAUCAUUUCACACAACUUAUCCAUCUUGUAAGUUUCUUUGGAAGAUCUAACGUAUACAUACCUUGAUCGGGAUCAUAGAUUAGGGUUUAUAAGUAUAAAGAUUAGAAACAGAAACUAUGGAACCAGACAGAAGAUCAUCAAGCGCACCUUCGACAACACUGAGUCUCGAGAGAAGACUGUCGUGCCUUCCUCCGUCGUACGGAAGGCUCGUCACCAUCCUCAGCAUUGAUGGCGGCGGAAUCCGCGGUAUCAUCCCCGGUGUCAUCUUAUCCCAUCUCGAAUCCAUGCUUCAGGAAUUGGAUGGUGAGGAUGCGAGGCUUGUGGAUUAUUUCGAUGUGAUUUCAGGGACGAGUACCGGAGGUUUGAUAACGGCGAUGUUAUCUGCACCAUCAAAGGACGGUCGGCCUCUAUUCUCCGCGAAAGAUAUCGUCCCUUUUUACGUUAACCACUCUCCUAAAAUCUUUCCACAAACCCGAGGGAUAUGUGGUUGGGUCGAAAACGUAAUUAGGGUUAUACGUGGACCGAAGUACAACGGGAAAUAUCUUCACAAACUGAUAAGGGGUUUCUUAGGAGACAUGAAACUGAGCCAAACAUUGACGGACAUCGUCGUUCCAUGUUUCGAUAUCAAGAAACUCCAACCUGUCAUCUUCUCUUCUUACCAGACCUCAUGCAAUCAAGUUCUUGAUGCGAAGCUAUCAGAUAUUUGUAUCGGCACAUCGGCUGCACCAACUUAUUUUCCUGCUUAUAGAUUCACCAAUGAAGAUAACCAAGAAAAACAACACGAAUUCAACCUCAUCGACGGUGGUGUCACUGCCAAUAACCCGACGUUAUGCGCAAUUGCGGAAGUGACGAAACAGAUAAUAAAGAAGAAUCCGAAAAUGGGGGACAUAAGUCCGUUGGACUAUACGAGGUUUCUUGUGAUAUCGCUCGGGACAGGAUCCAUUAGGAACCAAGAGAAAUACAAUGCGACAAUGGCGUCGAAAUGGGGAUUGAUUUCUUGGAUUUUCUCCGACGGGUCAACUCCUAUUCUCGACUGUUACAGCGAAGCGAUUCACGACAUGGUUGAUUACCAGAGCUCCGUUGUCUUCCAAGCUCUUCGGUCCGAGAAAAAUUACCUCCGGAUCGACGAUGAUACGUUGAAAGGAGACUUGGGCUCAGUGGACAUGUCGACUGACAAGAACAUGAAAGGGCUUGUCGAAGUUGGCGAAGCCUUGUUGAAGAAAAGGGUCUGUCGGAUCGAUCUUGACACUGGUCGCUACAAGCCCAUCUCUGAAAUUGUCACCAACGAAGAAGCUCUCAGAAAGUUUGCCAAGAUGCUGUCCGAAGAGAUGAAACUCCGGGAAUCGAAGUCUCCCAAAGUGAAGAUAUAAUGAAUCUGCUCGUUUCAUUCCGCAAUCUUGAUGUGUGCCUGAUCCAAUACUACAUUCAAAUAAAAAACCAAGUGGUGAUGUCGCUUUAAUCUGCAACACAAA